CCAAAGCCCAAGGCUAAGCUAGGCGCUGCGCCUGAGCUGAGCUGAAAACCGGGUGUUGCACCACUGGCACCAAGGAGGACGCCAGGGCAUCACGUAUGAUGAACGGAGCUUCUUCUGUGACCAGCUGCAAUGUUGCCACCAAUCCUGACUUCGAGGCUGGCUCAACAGGAUGGGGCCCGAUGGGAGGGUGCCGACUGCAGAUCUUUUCUGCAACACCGGGGCCGUUCAUUCAACCGCAGUCUGGGCGCAACUACCUGGUGGUUACUGGCAGGACUCAGGAGUGGGAAGGCAUCUCUCAGCACCUGCAGUUUGAAAAGUCAGUUCCACAUCUCAUAUAUGCGUGGGUCCGAGUUGCAAACGCCCCCACAGCAACUGUGACGGCCACACUGUCAAUCGGACAAGCCCCCAACGUCCGAUACAUACCCGUUGGGAAGGUUGUUGCGAGUUGUAACGAGUGGGUGCAACUGGUCGGCAGCUUGCAGCUCGAAGCUGCAGACCCGCCCCUGGGUAAUCUGUAUUUCUCUGGUGCCCCUCCUGGAGUCGACAUCCUGCUGAACAACGUCUAUGUCCUGCGUGACACCCUGAUUGAGCAAGUCUUGUCGUCUGCACAGCCUCAGUCGGGCCCUUACAACGUUCUCCGGAACUCUGAUUUCAGCGAGGGCGCCUUCUGGUGGUUCCCAGCGGGGGCCUGCCAGACCCAAGUCUUUGCGGGCAGUGCGCAGGUGUCCCCAAAAAGCGGCGCGUUUUUCCUCUGCACCUACCAGAGAACGAACCCAUGGGAGGGCCCCGCGCAGAUGCUGACGGGCAAGCUUCGAGCGGGCUUGGAGUACCGCCUGUCCGCAAGCGUGCGGGUGGGAAACGCUCCUUCGGCACAGGUGAAAGCGAGCUUGCGGGUCGAGUACGGUCAACGAAGCAGUUUCGUAUACGUGGGGGCGGUCACUGCGUCCGAUCAGAACUGGACCGACUUGAAGGGCGCAUUCACAUUGGACGAGGUGCCCUCACGCUCCCACCUCUACUUCGAAGGCCCGGCCGCGGGAGUCGACAUCCUGUUGGACCAAGUGGAGCUCGCGCCGGCCGACGUAACAAGGCACUGCCGGCAGAGCGCGGCUACCACCGGCGUUAACCUCGUCCAAAACCCCGACUUCCAACGCGGCACCGACUGCUGGAUGCCCUUCGGAGUCACCUUCGAGCUGGUACAAACCGGGCCCCUGCUGCCCCCGGGCGGCGGUCCGUACCUGCGCGCCUGGAACCGGUCUGCCACGUGGCAGGGCCCCGCGCAGAGCUUCGGCGGUAGCACGAUCAGGCCGGGGGCGGAGUACGAAGUGAAGGCACUGCUGAGGGUCGCGGGCGCAUCUUGUGCGCCCCUGCAGAUGGCAGCCAGGAUCACGUUCACGGACGGCAAGCAGGACUACCAUUUUUGCGGUGACUUCGAAGCCACGGACGACGCCUGGGCUGAGCUGGCGGGCACUCUGAGCCUGGACCGGCCCGCGAAGGAGGUGCUGCUAUACGUCCAGAGCGCUCCCGCGGGAGUGGACAUUCUGCUCGCGCGCAUGUCGCUGGUGGAGGUCGACCUGGCGCAGCACAGGCAGCAGCUGGCGGAGCAGACGGAUAAGUUGCGACGGCAGGACGUCGAGUUGGUGCUGUCUGACGAGAGUGGCAGCCCGCUGGCGGGAGCGCGCAUUGAAGUCAACCAGGUCAAGCGCAGCUUCCCGUUCGGCUGCGUGUCGGGACCUCGCAACGUGCAGAACAAAGUGUGGGAGGCGUACUUUCUGAAGACGUUCAACUGGACGGUGUUCGAGAACGAGAUGAAGUGGUACCAUACGGAGGGCCAGCGCGGCCAGCUCAACUACCGCGACGCGGACGCGCUCAUGGCCUGGGCCGACAAGCACGCGCUCAAAGUGCGCGGCCAUUGCAUCUUCUGGGAGGUAGAGAAGGGCGGCAUCCCCGGGUGGCUCUGCCACGUGCCCCCCGCAGAGAUCGCCCCCCUGGUUGAGAAGCGCCUCGAGAUCGUGGAGCGGUACAAGGGCCGGCUCGCGCACUGGGACGUGAACAACGAGAUGCUGCACGGGGACUUCUUCCGGUCGCGCUGCGGGGAACAGAUCAUCCCGCACAUGUUCCACCGGGCGCACCAGGUCGACCCGGGGUGCAAGCUGUUCGUGAACGACUUCAACGUGCUGUGCGGCGGGGACACUAAUUCAGGGCCAUAUCGGUUGCGGGCGCAGGUACAAAAGCUGUUAUCGCAGGGGGUGCCCGUGCACGGCAUCGGCUGCCAGGCCCACGUGGACCGGCCCACCCCGGUGGGCGUCCGGCAGCGGCUGGACGUCCUGGCGACCACGGGGCUGCCCAUCUGGCUCACGGAGCUGGACGUCAACCAGAAGGACGAGAACGAGAGGGCGGAACGGCUCGAGGUCAUUCUGCGUGAAUCAUUCGGUCACCCGGCUGUCGAAGGCAUCGUUCUGUGGGGUUUCAUGGAGGGCUUCAUGUGGACCAAGGGCGGAAUCUUGGUGCGAAGCGAUGGCACGCCGAAUGCGGCGGGGCGGUGCAUGGAGGCGCUGCUCGAGGAAUGGACGACCAAAGAUAUUUUAGGGCAGGUGGGGCCGGACGGCAAGUUUGUGUUCCGGGGUUAUCUGGGAGACUACGAAGCGAAGGUGACAGGAGCGGACGGUCUGGUGAGGAAAGGCGUGUUUACACUGGAACGGAACGCGGAGACGGUGCAAGCGGUUGUGAGACUCGAGAAAGUGCAGUAGGUACGGUCCGAAUCACGGCAAGUGUAUUCAAUUAUCGGCGCAAGUAACCAGGCGGGCGAGGUAUUGAUGGAAGGGGCAGAAGAGUUGAGACCCGCGAGUUGAGGCCGGUCGAAUAGCGCCGGCGACCGCACAGGAGUCACAGCAAGUUGCAGCAGCCGGCCAUUUUUUAAAGUCGGGCUUGUAUCAUUUCUAGCUCUUAAGCACGCACAUGCCCCAGCUAAUAUGCUCUGCGAGCCAUAAAAACGGGGUCCAUGACCGCAUCGGGAUUCGCAUCAAGUUUUGCGAUUUUGGACCCACAGAGUUGAUGUGCCGUGUUCGACCGAAAUGCACGUCACCUGUACGUACAUAGAGUUGAAG